AUGGCUACUGCCUCUGCCCCCGAGAGCUCUCUGCUCUCUCUGCUCUACCGCUCCUACCCCGCCGCCAUCUCCCCCGAUGCCACGGAGCUCGACCUUGCCCAGGCGACGCCCAAGAUCUUCGCGCAUUAUACCUACACUGACGAAGACGCGGCCUCUGUCAAGCAAUGGCUGGCCACAAUAGGCGCAUUGACCGCUGCGUACGCCAAGAACGAUACGCAGGUCAUCGAAACCAUUCUCAAAGAGCUCAACGCACAUCUGGAAACACGGACGACACUGCUAGGCGCCAAACCUUCUGUUGCCGAUAUUGCGGGUUACGCCGUCCUUGCUCCUGUCGUCGAGAAAUGGACUGCCGAAGAACGCACCGGCGAAAAGGGAUAUCACUAUAUCGUGCGACAUGUGGACUUCGUGCAGAACGGAUCGCUGUUUGCGCUGCGAAUCCCCGAUGAGGAGAAGGUCGCGAUAGAUCUAGACGAUAUUCGUUUCUUCCCCAAAGCAGUUGAUCCCAAGGAGGAGAAGGAACGCAAGAAGAAGGAGAAAGCCGAGGCUCAGUUGGCUGCCCAGGAGAAGACAACCGUGGUGGCUGGACGAACCAAGGAAGCAGUGCACCAGGCUCCCGAAAGUACAGAAGCAAGCCCCGCUGUUUCGAAUCGAGAUAAGGAGAAGAAGGAGAAGAAAGAGAAAAAGAAAGAGAAGCAGCCAAAAGCCCCUGCUCCCCCCGCAGCACCUCCGUCACCAUCCCUCAUUGACCUCCGCGUUGGCCACAUUCUCCGCGCUAUUAACCAUCCGAACGCCGACUCUCUGUAUGUCUCGACCAUCGACUGUGGUGAUGCCCCAGGCAGCGAUAACACCUCUGUCGACGAGGCUACAGGCAAGACUGUUCGAACAGUCUGCUCUGGAUUGAACGGUCUUGUGCCACUGGAGGAGAUGCAAGGCCGCAAGGUAGUAGUGGUGUGCAACUUGAAGCCUGUCACCAUGCGCGGCAUCAAAUCAGCUGCAAUGGUUCUCGCUGCAUCGCCCAAGGUAGCCGAGGGCGAAGAUUCACAUGCCGGCCCCGUUGAGCUGGUCAACCCACCGGCCGAUGCUCCUGCUGGUGAACGUGUGUUCUUCGAGGGAUGGAGCACCAGCGAGCCGGAGAAGCAACUCAACCCCAAAAAGAAGAUCUGGGAGACCUUCCAGCCUGGAUUUACUACUACGGAUAAUUUGGAGGUUGGCUUUGAUAGCACACAGGUUCCUUCAAUCCAGAGUGCAGGGACAGCUGCUACUGGAAGUACUCUAGGCAAAUUGGUUGCUAAGUCUGGCGGUGUAUGUACGGUCAAGAGCCUUAAGGGAGCCACCGUCCGAUGA